AUGGGUAUCUUAACAACUGCAUGUGCUAAAUUAUCACAUAGUGCUUUCAAAUAUGCUAUAGAAACAGCCAGUGAAUUAGAAUCAGUUUUUGAAAAUAUUAAUCAAAAGAUGAGAAUACAAUAUCUCAAAAUGACUAUAUACACUGGUACCAACAAAGUAGCUUGUGAUCCAUUCACUCUGUGUAAUUCUUACUUUAGUAUAAUUAUUAGUAACAUAUUGACAUAUGCAAUUGAUAGAAUAAAAAGUCUUUUAGUUGAAAUUCAAGAAAAUUCAACAAAAUAUAACAAAGCAACAACUUAUCUUCUGAGUUCUUCUUUAGAGUUAUUAGAUACCAACCCAACAUUUUAUAAAGUCUUUCUUAAAGCUGAAGAUACAUUCUGCCAACUUCUGGAUAAUGCUUCUAUAAAGACAGAAUUUAUAGCCUGUAUUAAUCAAACAGUCACAAUGCUACUUUUUAAACCUUUAAAGGCAUCUAAAAUCGAAGUUUUAAAAGGUUACUAUUUAGGAACAAAACAUGAAAAACUUUUAAGUGAAAAGCAAGAUGUAGAAGCAAAAAAAAAAAAAG